UUUAAAUUAUCUUAUUCUGUACAAAUAUUUUUAUCAAAAUUAUUUUUAAUAAAGAUAUAUUAAUCCCAAUGAGUAGUCCUUGUAUAACAUCUUGGCUGAUUAUUAUUAUUAUUAUUCUACUGUACCUUUUCCACUGCACAUCUAGUAUUUUCUGUUUAUUUCAUUGUUGUUGGCCUUCUGUUUCAUUUCCAAGAGCACUCUGUUCCGACUGUUGCAUCAACACAACAAAGACGGACCCAGUUAUUCGCUCUUAGAAAAAUGAUACGAGUAAUGGACAAGGAACAUCAUGAAAUUUUAGCAGAUUUAAGGGUUCUCAGGUCUGAUCUUCGGUUCCCUGAACUAUAUGUGGAAAUGUUUCAAUUAGCUGAUAGUGCAUCAGCGCUAUUUUCCGCUUCUGCUCAAGCUGUAACACUAGCCUGUUCUGGUGUUCUACAAUCCUCAUUAGGAUCUUUUCAAAAUUCUCAGUUAGCAUCAACUUCUUUAAAUAAUAAUCAAUCUAAUUUAAAUAUAAAUAAAUCAUCUGAUUCGACAGUAAAUAAUAGUGAUUUUAUUCUAUCCGUUGAUCGAUGGGAUGCAGGUCGACUUGCUUUAACUGUUCCAGCAGCAGCCGCAGCUGCAGCUGCAGCAGUUGUUGCAUUAACUGAACAAACUUCUAUAUGUCAAAAUAAUAAUAAUAAUCAGUUAUUACUACAACCUAAUUCUCAAUUGUCUUCAACAUGUGCAUUUCCUCAAUUCUCCAAUUCAAUUGUUGUCGGUUCAUCAUCAUUAUUGUCAACCAAUGUUAGUCUUAGUUCGUGCCAGAAACGAGCUAAAAAUGAUGUAAAUCAAUCGGAUAAUACAACAUCUACUAUUCCUGUUUUUCCCACGAAUACCAAUAAUACCAUUGCUUUUAUCACUUCACCUUCUUCUUUUAUGUUUCCUAAUCAAUUACAUCAUCCAUCUUCUUGAUAUUUAUCUGCCUCUCUCUAUCCAUCUUGUUGUACUCUCAUACAAAUAUAAAAUACCCAGUCACACUAAAUUGAUCCUGUGUGUCUUACAUUCUUAAUGGUUAUCUUUUAAAUCUAUGAAAUACAUCUUUACAUUUUUUUCGAGAUCUAUUCGUCCAUCGAUUUUUUUUCUUUUGCCCUCAAAAUAAAGAUGAUGAUUAUGAGGCAACACAUUACACAAUUACAUAUUGAUUAAUUUAGUUUCUAUGAGACUGUAUCUCCUGGAUUUUUCUUGUUUUGUAUUUAUGUGGAUUGUUUUUAAGCUUAUACUUUUAUUAUUAUUUUUCUUUUCCAAAUCGAGUUUCUUUUUUCUCUCAACCUUAAACAUUAUCAUCAUUGUGUGUGUGUGUGUGUUGUACUUCAAUGAUUGUGUAUUAUUGAUUGUUUUUGUUGUACACUUAUUUUUUUUUGUUUGUAAUAUGACACACAUACAUUGCAAUGAACCUUUCUGUAAAACAAUUAAAAUGGAAGAAAUCUAACUGAUAUAUAUAUAUAUAUAUAUAUAUAUAUAUAUAUACACGCAAAAUCUACGGUAAUCAAUAAUUUAUUGUAUUUCUUUAUGGUGGUGUAACUCAGGUUAUAAUUUUCGGUCUAUUUAUUUAUUAAAUUAAUUUAAUUUAAUGAAAGGGAUUUAUAUUUUAUAUCUCUUUUACAACGCCUCUAAAAUUUACAUUGUAAAUGACCAUUUGUGUCUAUAUGUGUGUCUAUGUAUGUGUGUGUGUAUGUAGGUACAAGGAGAGAGAAAGUAACAACAACAACAACAACCACGACAAUGAAGAAGAAGAAUAAUAAUAAUGAAUUUUGCCAUUAGUAUAGUGUCAUUGUGUUUUGGUUGAUUUAUAUAUAUAUUUAUUGGAAUUGUUAUUGAUAUUGAUAUUAUUCGUCUUGAUAUUAUGGUCACAAUGUGGUGUAUACGUUUUAUUCAUUGUUUCCAUUCUAUCUUACUCAAAUUUAUUUAAAAUGAUUUCUGUUUAUUAUUCAUGGUUUUUCUUAAAGUUUCAAGCUUCUUUUUUUUCUUUUCUCAUUCUUUAUCUUCAUCUUUAUUCAAUAUUUCGUUUUUGUAUACUGCAUGCUAUAUGAAUUUUGAUUCGUUUGUGUAUUAUUUAAUUUAAGGUAUAUGCCCAGUGUGUGUGUGUAUGAUGUUGUACACUUGUCAAUCCAUAUUUUAAUAAAUAUGUUCCCUUUUAUUUUUCAAUAUCACUAAUGUGUAAUUUUAUUAUUAUUAUUAUUAUCACCAUCUCAGGGAAUAAUGAACUUUUACUAUGACUAAUAAUAUCAAAUUUGUUAUAUAAGCAGUAAUACUACUUACAAGUCAGUGUAUAUUAUUAUUAUUAUUAUUAUUAUUAUUAUUAUUAUUACUGUUUGAUCUAUCUGUCUAUCUCAUGGAACAUUUUUUACGUUUGCUUUCUACCUGCAUUACCUCGAUUCCAUUUUCCCCUCUUUAUCCACACUUAAUAUUGUAUACACAGGGAUACGUACAUGUAUUUAUCUAUCUGCAUAUACUUGUUACAAUCUUGUUCUAUGUAGAACAAUUUACCGUGCCACUUUUAUAUAUAUAUAUAUAUAUAUAUAUAUAUAUGCACUACUCGUACCCUUUUUUAUAAUACAUGAAUUUGCUUUUCCUAAAGUUUUACAAUGACUUAAUUCCGACCGAUGAUACCUAAAAACUCUGUUUUAUGGAGUCUGUAAAUGGUUAUUAUGAUGUUGUUUUUUUCGUCAGGAUAUGCUUUUAUAAAUUUCCAUAUUGAAAAUUUUUUGUUCUUUACCACUUUUGAGUUGCUUUUUUUACCUACUCCCCGUGUGUCUCUUCACUUCGAAUAUAUUCCUUUAUAUGACUUUAAUAAAACAGACUUGGAUUCGUGUGAGUGCAAUGCACAAACCCACAUACCAUUUUUUUGGAUUUUGUCUUCUAUUUUUACAUAUGUAUGUAUACGCGCACCCUAAAUACAGACACGUUUUGCUUUGCUUUUUUCUUACCCUACUCACUAUCUAUAUCAUGGUAACCAGUGUUGACGUCCUGAUUCAAGUACCCAGGUUUGUCUGUGUUCAGACGAUUUGUUUAUCACAUCUCGGUACACACAUGUGCUUAGAGACACACAUACAUUCAUUUUGUUGAAUAUCCGAUUAUGUUUUCCUACUGCUAGACCUUUUUCUUCACCUCAUUAAAGGAGAUCAGUCAUCUCAGAUGUGGAAACUAAAACAGUCAUAUUGUUAGUCUUGGUGUUUACUGUGUGUACACUCGUACCAUAUACUGUUCAUUGUUAUUUAUAAUACCAGGUAAUUUCUACACGGUUUUUGUUAUUAGUGUUAUUUUGGCCUAUUUAUUUCUCUCGUGUUACACUACAAUGAUCUUUUUUUGGUUUAAUUGUACUUUCGAAUACAACACAUGUACAUAUAUGCAUACACAUGUUUCUUCAUUCAUUAACACGGCAGGGAAUUGCAAAUAAUGUUGUAUUCCUUUCUUAUUUUUUAUUAAAAAAGACGCAGGCACUAAUUGGCUACCUCAUUUUGUCAUUAUCACAAAUUAUUAACAUUGUCAAUCAAACAACAUUGGAAUUAGAACUCAAAACAGGCCCACAUGCACACACACACUAAAAUGCACCUCACUGAUUCAAAAGUCGUAAUCGAACAAACAAGCAAUGUAUACAAUAUCUAUAGUGACUUUUUCAUCCUUUUUUAAUAGUAUUUCAACAACCUUUCUUCGUCUUAUUUAUUGAUUUCCAGUUCACGACAUCAAUUCGAUUGUCAUUAUUCUCUUUUUCUAUGAUGAAUUUCAAGAAUAUUAUUUUCUGCUUCAGGGUGUAUUCAUUUCAGCUUAAUCUUUAUUAAAGCGCCAAUCUGUCUCGCUACAUACAGAAAGAUGUGCGCCAUAUGAAUGAAACCAAUGUAAGUUUUCAUUGUAAUUUUACAAUAAACUAAUAAAUGCGCCAUUUUUUUAAACAAAAAUUCUUCUUUUCCUUUCUAAGUAUUGAUAAAAUAUGCUGAUAUUUUAUUCCAAUGCAUGUUUCUAUCUGUGUGUACAAGUGAAUGAUUUUAUUUUUUUUUGGGGGGGGAUCUAAUAAUCAAUAGAAAGAUAAAUUAAAAGAAGAAAAAAAAGAAAAGAAACGUGAUCAGUUUCUCUUUUUUUUCUUCUAAUUUUGAAUCCCUGCAAUUUAUCGUCUCCUAUGAGAAGUAUAUUGUCAAGUAAAAUUUAUUUAAAACAGCUUCAUGUAAACUAUUUUUUCCCUUCAUUUUAUUCACUAUACUAUUUAUUAUUGUUAAUAAUAGUAUAUUUUAUAAUUGUAAUUAUUAUAAAUAGUAGAAUUGGUCAAUUUAUAUAGCGCCUUUUCUUUUGUUUUUAAUUGUUUUAUUUAUUUAUUUAUUUAUUUAUUCAUUACUUCUAAGUUGUCUAUUUCAACUACAUAUUGAUCGAUUUAUUUAUUGAAUGAAUAUGUUUUGUUCUUUCUUUUACCCUCCCUCCUUUCUCAUUCUCACUCUCUUUUAUUCACGAAUUUCUUGUCUCUUUUGUUGUACGUACAUAUGUGUGUGUGUGUUCGUGCGUGCGAGCGAGCGAGCGUGCGUGUGUGCAUAUAUUGUUCUGAUAUAAUUAUGUUACAAUUACAAACAGAAUAUAAAUAGACAUACUUGUAUACAUGCUACUAGACAUACAUACAGUUUAACCAUUUUGUGCCUGAUUAUAACUUCUUUUUCUUCUUCAUAAAUUCAAGAAAAAAAAAUGAAAUUUUAAUGAUAUUUGAUUUUGUUCUCCUUUUUUUUUUAUUAUUUAUUAUUAUUAUUAUCAAUUCUACUUUGAAUGCGCCAAUCAUAGUUAUUAAUCAGUCAGGUAGUUGUAUGCACAUUUUUAUCCAUUUGUACUUCUAUUCUGUACUGUAUUCUAUUAUUGUAAUGACUAUUUAUUGUAUCAGAAUAUGAGUUCAAUAAAACGGAACAUGUAUGUGUAGGUAUAUCUUUUCAAGGUUAUAUAUAUAUAUAUAUAUUCCUUUACUUCACUCCAUUUUACACACAUCUAUACUCAUAAAUAUAUACUUCCAUAACAAUUACAUUACCAUUGCCAUACCAUUCUCUUGCUCAGGUAAUUUAUGAUCACCGGUCAUCUUGUUCAUGUGUUUUCUUUCUUUUAACAUACUUGUUUCUUGUUUCAUGACUUCAUUAGUAUAUGUGGGUGUACGGUGUUGUUUUAUGUUCACUUACGUACACUUGCCCUAUUUCACAUGUUAUUUAGUCUGAAUCCAUACAUUGGAAUUCCAUUCCCCAUGUUUCUUCUUUUCAACGAAUACAGACUGUGUAGUGAAUAAAAUAUUUACGUUGAUAUAUAUAUGAAUUGAAUUCCAAGUGACUCUUACCGUUGAUCCUAUUGAGCUGUAUGCUUCAUCUUUUGUUUUACACAUAUAUGUAAAGAAGAAUAAAUAAACAGUUUUCUUUUUUUUUUACCUCGUUCUCAUUGUCUCACAUCUCUUUGCGCCGAUUGUUACUGUGUUAUUUCCUCUGUUUUUCUUAUUAUUCUCUACGAGAAAAAAAACGAUCAUUGAUUUUUGUCUUUUGAUGAAUAAUAAAUAGUAAUAUAUUUUAAAAUUUAGUUGUCUACAUUUACUACAAACAUAAAAUAAUCAAUAAAAUAUACUAGAAUUAUUUUAGUUUCAUUCAUAUUUACUCUAUACAAUUGGUUGGGUUCUCUUCAAAUGUUGAGUUGUGAUGAUUACGUCAUUGUAUUAUGACCGUUUCGUCCUAUCGUAGGACUUCUCAGGUGUGCGUAUUCACGAUUCCGCGUCGUGAUAUUCAAACCUAGGCAGGAUCGUGGAUGCGCACUUCUGAGAAGUCGCACGAUAGGACGAGAUGGCUGUCCAGUGCUUCCAGGUUUUCCUUGGUGGUUUCACUUCAAUGGACUCAUGAUCUCAAGUAUUAAAAUCACAUUGAUUUAUUUACAUGUUGUGUAAUACCUAUACGUAAAAAAAAUGACCACGUAACACAUUCGACAUUGUCAUUUUUACUCCAUCGUGACAAAAAACGUACCGUUCCUAAAAAGUUUUUGGAUAUUCUAACCAAUUCUAC